AUGUACGUUACCAAUGGUCAUAACCUUACUGAUAACAGUACACUUAAUACUAUGAAUACAAGUGAUAUCGAAAUAUUGGCCGACGAUAAUAAUAAUAAUGAUUUAUCCAGCAUUAAUUCAAAUACAUCAGAUAAAAUGUUAUCACCUAUAUCGGCAGAUAAUGACAAUGGUAUUAAAAUUAUGGGUGAUCAAGAAGAAAGUACUAUUAGUAGUAGCGAUAACUUAUCACUAAGUGAUGACGAAGAAAUGAAAUUGCUUCGCCUAUUAGAUUUAAAGGAAAGUUUGAUAAUAAAACGUAAAAAACUAAGAGAAUGCGUUAUUGAUUUAAAGUCUCAAUUGAAUAAUUGUAUACAUGAUAUUGAACUUAAGAAUAAUGCCAAUGGAGACAAGCUGCAUGAAUACCAUUCUGAAGCUGGAAUAUUUCAAACGGAUCUUAUGGAUAAUCGUGGGAUAAAUGAAAAAACACAGAAUAUAUUAUCCAAUAACCCAAAUAAAAUUUCAGUUACUAAUGGUGCAAAUACUAAGAACCAAAGCACCCACAUAGCAAAUGUGGAAAACGAGAUUAUAACGCCAAUGUCUGAUUUAAAAAUUGAAUUACAGGAUAAAUAUGAUGCUUUGCCCUUAUUAAAUAAACACUUAAGAUUACAAUACUUAAGACAACUAUACCCGAUGCUUCAAAUCACAAAUAUUAAGCAUAAUACUGGUGACCAUAGAGAUUCAUGGUGCUAUGAAGUAUCGAUGACUAUAAAGGAGAAUGAUUUUUGUUUUUUCAUAAUAUACGACAAUAAUCAAUUUAAAAUUGAAUCCCCUCCGAAUGCUAAUGAUAAAAUUUUUGAGACCGAACUAAAUAAUUUAUACAAAGAGGCUUUUAGUACGGGUAACAUUCCUAGAUUAGUUAAUGGGCUAUAUCUUUAUGUAAAAUUCCUUGAUAUACGACAAUACUUUAAAGAUGCUCUGCGGUUUGAAUGGUUUAGUAGAUAUUAUGAGAAGUUUAAAAUUACCGACUUUGAUAUAGAGAAUCAAAAAGAACAUAAAAAAAAUGAGUUAUUAAUCCAAUUGGAAAACAUGAAAACAAACAAGGAAAAUAAUAACACUUAUUAUAUUGUGGUUUUAUUAUAUUGGAAUAUUUAUUACUGUGGUAAUGACAAGUGUGUCAAAAACAGUAUUAAAACUAAGGUGUUAAAGUGUAUCGUCACUAAUAAUAGUCAUGAAGUUGUUGUCGUACCUGAAUGCCAAGAGGCACUAGAUGAAUUACUUAGGUAUUAUGGCUUGGAAGAAGGCAUUAAAAAUUUUAUAAAAUUGAACCUGGAAUGA